AUAAGUUACCGUUUGUUGAUUUGUUUGUUUGCUUUUGAAUGUAAUUAAAAGUGCUGUUAUUCUGUUUUAUAUGAGAAUAGUUAUUUAGUAUAAUGUUAUGAGAAUUUACUAUACAGUAUUUAUGAAAUUAAUGGUAUUGUUACUUGGUAAAAAUGGAUGAGACGCAACAAAGCCGAUCGUCCGAAGCUUCUGCCGCCGCUACAAGGAAGAGGCGUUCGUCCAUUUUAAAGAGUCAGCGUCCGCCACGAACUCCAUUUUCAGAGGUGGAAUUCAAUGUUGCAACACCCACCGACACAACAAAAAGUCGCCGCGUCAGUUUCUCUCGGCGAACUGGAGUGGCAGAAUUCGUAACGAACGAAGCGACGACAACUUGGAAAAACUUUUACGAAGAACACAAUAAAACAUUGGAGUCGUCAGGUAAUGACUCGGAAGGUCAUGCGCUGCGGCCACCUAUCGGACACUUAGGCAAACGUAUCUUUGAUCAACAGUUCGAAGAAGUGGAAGUAGAAAAUUUCCUCACGUCACUCGAUACUCUUACCAAUAGAAAUGUUAACUCUUCGUUUAACAAUGCCAAUUUUACGGAACAGUUAGUAUCUUUAGACUGUGCUGAUAAUAAAUUACCAAUGCCCAACAAUAAUUUCGAGCUAAGCGCCUUUACAGAGCAUCAGAGCAAGGUAUUUGGCGAUGACCUUAUUAUACCCACUAUGGGUGAAAUGUCAGGUAAAAUUGAUGUCAAUUUCUCAACAAUGCAAACCAUUGGAGGUGAUGAUAAAGACGAUUUGGAUGAAAUACAGAGAGAUUUAAUGAAAAAGAAGAAUAAUGUUGUAGGUCUUGAUUAUUUUAAAGGUGGCAGGGAUAUAUCUGAGUAUAUAGAAGUGGACUUAAAUGUGACACAUGCCAAUUUAAGAGAUGAAGAGUCAGACAUGUCUAUAACUGAUACAAUUCGUUGUCCAAAAGUUCAAGAUGUAUCCAAAAUCAGCAACUCCAGCCAAGUUAAUCUAAAGACUAACUAUAAUGAUGAUUGGGUUUGCGAUAAAGAGAAUAUUGCAAUUAAUCCUUAUAUCACUCCGAAGGAAACUCUUAAUUUUGCUAUAAAUGAGGAAUCCGAUAAAGUUCUGGUUUUUGAUGGAAAACGAUUGACUGUGCAGUCUGGUAAAGAAGCAGAUGCUGUUUUAGGUACAAAAAAAAGUUAUCAGCAAAAUUCAUCUUAUAGCACAAAACGGAAAACUGUAGUAAUCAAUGUAAAUGACGAUUUACCCAAUUUCGGAGAAGUGUCAUCGCAUUCUCUUUCAAGAAAUAUCAGCAAACAUAGUAUGCUGUAUGAUGACGAUGACUUAUCUCUAUCACAGGCUUUAUCUAAUCCUAUAUCGGAGAAAAGAAAAACGAUUCUUUAUGAAGAAAAUGCUGGAAAUAUAUCAGUUACUCAAGCUGUGCCCUCAAAUAUUAUACUGUCUGAAAAAAAUAAUAUAGAUCCUGAAAGAAGAAGAACUGUUGUUUACGAAAAUGAUACUGGAAAUAUAUCUAUUACGCAAGCAGUUUCUUCAAAUAUCAUCAUACCUAAUAAAAAAGAAACUACAGAAAAAAGGAGAACAAUAGUUUAUGAGAAUGACACAAGCAAUAUAUCAAUAACACAGGCUUUACCUUCAAAUAUUAUGUCUCAAAAUGAAAAUUUACAUAUGCCUGAUAAAAGAAAAACGAUCAUAUACGAGAGUGAUUUGGGCGAAAUUUCAAUGACACAAGCAAUUCCUACUAACAUUUUAGCAGUCAAUAUAGAUAAGAAUAAAACACUAAAUUAUGAUAAUGAUGUAUGCGAUAUUUCCAUGACGCAGGCAGUUCCCUCAAAUCUUAUAUUGUCCAAUAAAAACGAAGAACGACGUAAAACAGUAAUUUAUGAAAAUGAUACUGGCGAUAUUUCUGUAACUCAGGCUAUUUCUUCAAACAUUAUAUUGCCUAAUAGUCAAGAAUCUAAGAAAAUUAAAACUGUAUUUUAUUCUGAUGAUAUGGCAGAUAUUUCUCUCACACAAGCUGUCGAUCAUAAUGUUUCUUUACCAAAAACUGAGACAUCUGAAAAAAGAAGAACAGACUAUGAAAAUGACAAGAGUAAUAUAUCAGUUACUCAAGCAGUGCCUUCAAAUAUCAUAUUAAAUCAAAGAAAAACAAUUGUAGAAGAAGUAACAAUAAAAACGUCUCAAGUUGAUGUGAGUGAAAAGAUCAUAAUAUCCAAUGAAGACCUAUCUAAACGACCUUCGUUUAUCAAAGAAAAAAGAUGUACUAUAGUUUUUAAGAAUGAUGAUGAUAUAUCUAUGACACAAACUGUUCCUACAAAUAUACAUCCAGUAACAACAUUAUUAUCAGAAAAGAAAAACUCUAUUAGUCAUAGUGAAAUGGAAGUGAUAUCUCAACUCCAUUCAACGCCAUCUAAAAUUGAAUCAAAUGACAAAAGAAGAACGAUUGUCUGUGAAAAUGAUACAACGAACAUAUCGGUCACACAAGUUAUACCUACGAAUAUAAUUUUGUCCAAUACUCAUGAAACAAGUUCUAAAAACAGUAAAACUAUUAUCCAUGAUAAUAAUGUAUCUGUCACACAAGUAAAUUAUAAUAAUUUUUUAUCGGAAGAAAUAAAUGGACAGUGUAAAAAGGCUUCUGAUAAUAUUAAUGCUCCUAUAAUUGAAAUGUCUAAGAAGCAAAUGGAUAUUAAAAGAAAAACGAUAGUAUUUGAAGCAGAUAAUGAUAAUGCCGACAUGUCUGUCACUGCAACAGUACCUCAAAAAUUAAUAAAAAAUAAUAUAAUAGAACCAGAGAAAAAAAAAACGAUUACAUAUCACGACGAAACUAGUAAUUUAUCAAUGACUAAACCAAUACUUGCUAAAAUAAUAUCCAUUCAAAACGAAAUACUGGAUACAUCAAAAAAGAAUAAUGUUGCAGAUCUAAAUCAACCCACAAACAAUUCGAGUUAUGAACAAGUGGUAAUGAAUAGUGCCAAUCAAGACGUUUUGGUAUACCAAGCAGUCACUCAUGUACAACAAAGUUCACCAAAAAUACAGACAGAAAUAGAAAAAGGUUACUCAAAACUAGAGGAACCAGCAUCUAAUACCUGUAAUAAAAUGAGCUCGCGUAUAAAAUUAGAAAAUGCCAAUGAUUUUGUAGAAGCUAUACCAAUGAGUGAUCAUGAAGACGAAAUAAAUGAAGUAAUUACCCAAACAAUGUCAAAUAAUCAGUCGAUAAAUACUAAAAAUAUCCAUGAAACACCUCAAUCGUUAUCCAGAUCAACAAUAAAUAUAGAAACCAAAAUCCAACCUGAUAAUGAAAUAGCACAAAACAUUGAACUGGAAACAAAAUCUAUCCUUAAGGAUCUAUUAGAUAUGUCAGAUGCUUCUAUGGAAUCUGCUAUGGAAGAUAAAAACUUAAUGACUGAGAAACCAUCAAAUUGUACUUCAGUAAAAACUAAUACAGAAAGUUCAUCAAGUGAAAUUUUCAUAAUAAGAAAAGAUAAAGAAGGAGCUCAGACAGUGGAAAACGAAGAAAAUAUAGAUGACAAUUCUAAACCAGUUGAGGGUGAGAAGUGUUUAAUGUUAACCAAAGAAUUGCCUAAGUUACAAAAUCCAUCUCUACCGUUGGAAUACAAAGAAGAAAUAAUUCCUGAGAUAGUUAAUGAUCUGCAAAAAUCAUUAUAUGCAUCUAAAGAUUCUAUAAAAGAAAAGAGUCCGUUGAACAACAGACAUCAUAAGAAAAUUGUUAGUUCUGAUCUAAAUGUAGAAAAAGGAAAUUCGAAUAAAUCACAGAGAUUAGAUGUUUCUAAAUUUUCUAAAAGCUUCAAAGAAGCGGACAAUACUAAGGAGUUGCUAGACAUGCUUUCUGAUUUUACUGACAGGCGAAAUUCAGUUGAUAGGAAAGAGACUGAAGAAAUGUUACCCAAAAAGGUGAAAGGCAAUAUUGCUUUAGAAAAUAAAUCUAGUAUAGUUGAGCUGGAACGUUUAAGUAUUGCACCAAGAAAAUCUAUAGUCAUUAGUAGAGAGGAUUUAAUAAAAAACAUAUCAAUGGCUCAGGCAGCAUUGCAGAUGUCAAUAGAUAUGGAUGAGAGUGACAGCAUUGAUGAAACUAUCGACACGCCAAUGGAAGAAUGUACAUCUCAUAAAAAAUCUAUUCGAGUCAGUAAUGAAGUGGUAAAAACCUUGCAUUUCGAAGAUGAUUCAGUAAGCGAAAACAGUAUCAAAUCUGAUACACAAGUCUCGCCUUUGAAAAAAACUGCAUUUGGUGAGACAACUUAUAUGAAAGAGAGCAAGGCAAAAGUCAUACCGAGCUAUUUAAAGGAUGUCUCAGAUGGAUUAAAAGCACUUAUGACCGAUUUAGUCAAGCCCAUGGCUGACGUAUUACCAUUCGAUACAGUUGAUAUAGAUAAAUGUGUUAAAAAAAGUCCCUCAACAUGCAGCACACAAAUCCAAGCAAAUCUGAUCACGUCAAGCCAAGUUGAUAUGGACAUUGAAUUAUAUUCUAAUACAGAGUCAGCUUUCGAUCUCGACAAAACAUCUAUUCCCUCAAGAACAUUUAAUGUUGAUAAGACAUCGCCCUAUAAAAGUUGUAUGAAACAAACGUUACCAUCAGAAUCUGAGAUGAUAGUAGAUGAUCUCAAAGAAGUUUCCUUCCGUCCUAAGCGAUUGUCGAUUGAACAGACCGUGCCCGGUAAAGUUCUAGUCUUUGACCACGAAAAUCCGCUGAACAAUGUGUUACUUGUUCCGACAGAGUAUCCUGAAGUCCAUAGAUAUAACCCUAGCAAAUCUAGUGAGACUUUAUGUGGUUCCGAUCGGGAUCAAUCCGUGCAAUAUUCUUCAGAAGAACUGAAUAACAAGCAUAUUUCCACUCACGGCAAAGUAGAAAGUGUUAAUUUGUUACAUUCAGUUAAACAAUCAGGCGAUACCGACUCUGAAAUACCAAACACCGAAAGUUUAAUUUCUAAUAUCAGCAAACCACAGUCUAUUGAUCAGAGUACAGAUGUUGAAGCCACGGAGGUCAAAAAUACAGAAGUCAACACUGUGAUUGCUAUGAAAGGGAACAAGGAACUUUUAGAAGCCAAUUCGUCUCUUACAUUAGUGGACGAUGCGCAUGCACGUAGCAUUUUCGAUAUUAAUCUUGAUACUAGAGCCACUGCUUCGAAAAAUGACGUAUCCAAAAGAGAAAGCCAAUCGCUCGUUAAAAUAAUAUACAAGCAAGAACAAAUACCUAACGCAUUAGAUAAAAUCGAUUCAGAUCUCACAUCCAAUGACGAAGAACAAAAUAAAUCAAUAAAAAUAAUGAAUAAUCCCAAAAAAAGGAAUUACAGUCCAUCAAAUAAGGAUAAAUAUGAUAACCGUACGCUGUCGACCAUAGAUAUUACACCGAAACCGGUUAGUAAGAUGCAGAAAACGUCUAACACUCCAAAUACAUCGAAAAAUAUUGGCAGUAAACUAAAUUUAUCACCCGAAAAGUUGAUAGCUACCGCAGAGAAGGAUGAAUCUAAAUCCGAUAUGAAAGAAGAACUAGAAAACUUCGAUACGAAGAUAGAAUCGAAAUUAGAUGUAAAAUCAACAAAAGGAAUAAAGUCUCCAUCGAAAUCUAGACAGAAACAUAAAAAGCCAUUAACAGAUGUGACUGUACGGCAAUUGGUGACAAAGUAUGAUAUAAAUCCGAAGGUAGAUCAAGAGCUGAACAAGCAGAUUUUGGAGGAAUUAAACAAGUGUAAUUCAAAGGCACCGAACACAGUACAAUCGGAUGUAAGUGUUAAGAGCCCAGAUAUAGUUAGUUCGUUUACAAGCAGUAAGAAUCAGAUGGAGAUGCGUGUGGGAGAGCAGGAUAGUGCUGUGACGACGUCGAGCAAUGCCGAAACGAUGUUGAGCCAACAGAGGGAGUACCGGUCGUUGUGGCGGCCAGAAGUGUCGCACGAGUCGAGUGUCGACGUUAGCGAAUGCGAAUCGAGCGCCAAUGUAGUUACGAAGAUCGACAUGCUUCCUUUUAUGGGGAGCCACGAAUGCGAGUGGGAGUCAUCGGGCGCGGACAUGUGGUCGUUCAGGCUGCUGCACGGCCGGUUGCGGUUGACUGUCCGCCUCGAGCACCGCCACCACGACUCUACGCGCACCAGGGUCCGGGCGGACACGCCCGUGCUCAGCGCCACCGUAGAUACCACGUAUCAUGCGAACGAUAAGAAGAAUUCGGUGGCGAGCCUGUGCGUGGGGUUCGCGAUGGAGGCGAUGCGGUACGUGGUGGGCGAAGGCUGCGGCCGAGCUGGUGAUGUGCCCGGCCUGCUGCGGCGCUGCGCCGCUGUAGCCCGGGUGGCGCUGCGCUGGGGCCGCGCCAUGCACGAGGCAAGAAUGCACCUCGCCUACACGCUUACCGACGACUGCUGCUUGACGCUCAGGGUGGCGAACAUGGCGAUGCGUUGCGUAUGGGAGGUGCGCAUGCGCAUGGAGCUGGUAGUGGAGCGGGCGGGCGGCGCGCCGUGGCCGCGGGCGGCCGCGCCGCAGCUGAGCAGCGUGCUCGGCGGCCGGCCGCUGCCCGCACGCCCGCUGCAGCGGCUGCUGGUCGCCGCGCGGCCCGGCUGGGGGCACGUGCCCACCGCCGUCUGGAAAAUCUUCAAGUACCUCAAACACAAGACACGAGACGACUUACAUCUAGGCAUGUGAGGCGCGUACCAACGUGUUCAUACAAUGUACAAUACAUAUCAUUAGUAAUGUUCCUUAAUUGGUAUUUGACCCAACAUUGGAUACAAUGCUAGUUCCAAUAUUGGCCAUUGCACUGCGUGCGUUGUAGUAUGGUGUAAGUGACAGAUUGAUAAAACUAUAGAAAAAGGUAAAUGAAAAGUAACUUACGGAUUUAACAAAUGGUUUGAUUGUAAUUUUCCAGAGGGAAAGGAGACUUUGUACAAAAGUCGUCCGCGUUAAUAACUCUGUCCAACUCGUGUUGCUGUUUUGAAGCAGCUAUACUUUUCAUGGCUGUGUUUCACAUUGAAAUGAGAUAUGGGAGUGAAUUUAUAGGCAUAAUAGAUAAAUACAUAUAUGAUUUCUUUCCAUUACUUACAGCACAGAAAUAACAUUAGACAUUGAUAAUUAUGUUUUGGCAACGCAUGGAGGGUAUCAUGGGCGAAACAGUAUACUCUGUUAUGUCCAUGGUACUGCUCGUGUCUAUAGGCGACGGUUACCACUUUCCGUCAGGUAAUAAUUUGCAGUUAGCAGUAAAAACUAAUAUAUAUAUAUAUAUAUAUAUAUAAUCAGCUUUUAUAAGUACACAUUAUAUUUUAAUGUAAUAACACACCGGUUUAACUUACGUAUAUUUAAAUCGAUAAAGCUCGACUAGUUUCGUUAUCAAUUCGUGACCCUUAACCCUCAGGCUCGCACUCGCAUCAUCACUACAACAUCGCUAAAGACUACAUUAAAAUAUUAGCUCUCAUCCACACCAUACUACGACGUGUUGCAGAGUAUAAUGCAUUGUCCAUUAUUAUACUGCUGUUUGCGAUCUCUACCGUUUUUCUUUCACUGUUAAAAUAGUGUACGAUUUUUGAAUGCUAGUUUUUUCUUGUUUGUACAUAAUUAUUAUUGAGAUGUAUGUAAAAUACAUACUCGCAUACUUAAAUUUCGCCUGUUUUUUUUUAUACAACUUAGAAUGGCAAACAAGCUGACGGCCCACCUGAUGGAAAGUGGUAACCAUCGUCUAUAGACAUGAGCAGUACCAUGGACAUAACAGAGUAUACUGUUUCGCCCAUGAUACCCCCCAUGCGUUGCCAUUCCUGAGGACUCAGAUGUUAUUUCUCUGUACCCUGUAAAUUCACGCCAUAUCUCACCCUUCAAACCUAAACACAAUCAUACAAACACAACUGCUUCACGGUUGAAACACGAAUGGGACAGAGGUACCCAAGCAAUCGACUUUUGUACAAAGUCUCCCUCUGUUUAAUGUUGUUAAGUUAGAGUAAGCUAAUUUAAGUUAACUAAGCAUGACAGAUAUUUUUUUUAUCAUCAUUUUUUAGCAUCACAGAGUAAUAAAACAUGUUAAUAGUGUAAAGUGACAAUUUGUAUUCAUGUGUUUGAUGAUCAAAUGUUUGAACCCAUAUUUGCAACAAUAUUUGUAGCAUACUGGAAUCAAACAUUUGCAUCAAAUCUACAAAAACCUUGGCGAUGGACAAAAGUUCUCUUAUUUGUAAGUGAAGCUAUACGCCCGUCCUAUUCAUACUUACAGAAGACAUAUCGCUGUCCUUUUUCUACACCAUUAAGAGAGUUAUCGAGGUGCGGCAACAUUGGAAUUUGUCAGUUUUCGAAAAUGAAUCAAUAACUUUCAAUAUUUUUUAUGUUUAUUUAAAAACAAAUGAAAAUUAUAAAUACAUUGUACUUUGAAUCUUUUUUAUUAGUAAAUACGAAUUAAAAUUGACAAAUGUAGUGUAGAAAUAAAUAAUUAUAUAUUGGUACUGCUAAAUGUUUUUUGUUUAAUAAAAAAAAUUAAGGCAGAUUAUUUUAUGUACGGAUCUUUCGGUGUGAUCAACUCGCGUUUCUCUGAUUAUGUUUAUUUGUUGUAAAAUUAUUAGGUAUAAUGAUAAAAUUAUGUUUUCCACACUCGAAAAAUGUUAAUUUCAAGCAAUGUAGACUGAUUUAAAAGACCCACUAAAUAAAGCCUAAUAAUAGAAUCUGUGUUAUUAAUUUAUAAUACCUUUAUAUUUAAUCUUUUUUUUUUAUACAACUUAGAAUGGCAAACAAGCUGACGGCCCACCUGAUGGAAAGUGGUAACCGUCAACUAUAGACAUGAGCAGUACCAUGAACAUAACAGAGUAUACUGUUUCGACCAUGAUACCUCCCAUGCGUUGCCAUUCUUGAGGACUCGGGUGUUAUUCCUCUGUACCCAGUAAAUUCACGUCAUAUCCCACCCUUCAAACCGAAACACAGCUAUGCAAACACAACUGGUGUUCACGGUUGAAACACGAGUUGGACACAGGUACCCAAGCAAUCGACUUUUGUACAAAGUUUCCCUCUGGUGAGUCCCUCUCCUUACAAAUGUAAUAGUGAAUUUUGUUUGAUGCUCCUUGGCGCCUUAUGGCUUAAACAAUUUGUUAUUCGUUCAUUC